CCGCUCUUUCCGCUCUGCAACCAAACAGAACCCUCCCACCAUUUCUCUAUUUAUAAAAACACCUAAUAAUUCCUUCUCCUCUCUAAAUAAAUUUCCUUCCAUAUAAAAAGCCCCCUCACCCCUCCUCGUCCGUACACAAAAUCCCAUUACUCUUCCUCGAGGCCCGAACACUGAGGGAAAACACGAUCUCUCUCCGGAACGAUAAUGGCCACCGGAGCAGUAGACGGGAUGUUCCGCAGCGUCUUCGAAGGCUGCAUCUCCGGCUGCGACGCCGCCAUCGAGCGCCGCCCCUACCACAAGAACUGCGGCUGCGCCCUUCACGACAGGUCCUCCUCCCCCGGCCGAAAAUCCCAGAUUCAGCGGCGGAUCUGCCGUCACGGCAUGUCGGAGAGCGUCGCCUUCCCCAUUCAACGAUCGUGGAGUGAAGGCAACGUGUUGGCUCUACAUCUCGCGUCCUCUUCGUCCUCCUCCAAUCUCCAAUUGCUUUCUCCGUCUUCUUCCCUAUCGAAUCUGGCGUCUCCUUCGGAAUCGCCGGCAGAAUCUCCCGCCGCGGCCGGCCCGAGAGAAUCUCACGAACUUCGCUUGGCGAUCAACGAGGAAGACGAUGAUCAUCUCUCUGUUCAAGGUUUGAAAUACUAAUCUCUGAAUCGGCUGAUUCAUUCUUUGUUCGGUGUGGACAAACGAGUUUUUUUGUUUCAUCUUUGGUUAUAGUUGUUUGAUCAAAUCAAGGGGGGAGAAAACCUAAUAAUCCUCUGAGAGAUAUUUGGUCAAAUCCUUAGGAAAUUUUGAAUUAUGUUGUGCGUAACAACAAACUGUACAGUAUUCAUCUCUCGUUCCAACCACAAAAAAAAAACAUGUAAAUUUUUUGUUGCCGUUGCUGUCAUCGAGGUCUGGGUGCCGCGAGCUUAACCAAAAACCUCUAUCUGUUCAUUUAUUUUAAAUUAUAAUUAUAAUUUUUGUUUGGCA